UUGCGUGUCAUUCGUUUGCUGCGAAAAUGGAAGACUUUCAGGAACAUUUCAUGGGGCAGGAGGAAUUCAACGACGGCGAUAAACCCUUAUUAUCGCCCUUCAAUCCCCCCUUUCGCCCCACUCGACUGCACAUCCAGAGAAGCAGUAUCUGCUCUCGGGCUUAUUUUGUCGUGGUCAUGGUCUUCUUCCAUGUGUACAUCCUGAAUGUGAUCGGUUUGCUGCUCUAUGUGCACUACAACAACGGCCCCGGGGAUCUUGUUAGCGGGGACGGGGCCACCUCAGCAUCAGUGGGCGACAGUGGAAGCCCUCUGCCCCACCCUGCCCCAGCCUCACCCUCCGGAGAGCUGCAUGUGGAGGACUACACUCAGAGUUACAGUCUGCCUCGCAUUGAGGGGAUACGGGUGGGUCAUGUCCAGCAGGUGUCCCUCGUGCCGGACAAAACACAUGAGAUGAAGACGAUCAGCCUGAAACCUCUGCUGUUUGAGAUCCCUGGCUUCCUGUCAGAGGAGGAAUGCCGUGUGGUGGUGCAGCUGGCUCAGCUCAAGGGGCUGAUGGAGAGCCAGACAACAGUACCCAGCCAGGGACAAGAGGAGUCAAACCAGCCACUGCUUUCUCUCAGCACAGAGGAAGUCUUCAGUCUGUUGGACCUAAACCAGGAUGGGCUGCUUCAGAAGCAGGAGAUUGUGAGUCACUCACGCUCUCGAGAUGGAACUUGGUUGAGCCCAGACAGUCUGCGGCAGAUACUCACUGGUGUGGAAGACUGCCCGACAGGGAUGCUGACUUUGGGGGACUUCAGACGGGUCUAUGAUGUGUCCCAGCGCACAGGGCAACAGAAAAGCAGGAAGCUCCUGAGUCAGUUCAAACAGAGAAGCAAGCAUACGUGGCUUUACCAAGGCCAGGGAUCCCACCAUGUCCUGCACACACUCAGGAACAGAAUAAUCAGUCUGACACGUCUUCCCUCGGCACUGGUUGAGCUGAGCGAGCCACUGCAGGUGAUUCGCUAUGAACACGGAGACUUCAGUAAUGCCCACCAUGACAGCAGCCCUUCUCAUUCAGAGACUACUUGCACGCACACACGAUUGGCUGGAAACACAUCUGCUCUCGCAGAGGUCUCCUGCAGGUAUCUCACCAUGUUAUUCUACCUCAGCUCUGUAGAGGAAGGUGGUGAGACCACCUUUCCUGUGGCAGACAACCGGACCUACGAAGAGCAGGCACUGGUCCAGGAUGGAGUUGAUUUGACAGACACUCAGGAGACAUGUGGCAGAGGGAACCUGAGGAUGAAACCUACUGCUGGGACAGCUCUCCUCUGGUACAACCACCUCUCUGAUGGUAGAGGCUGGAUGGGUGAGCUGGAUGAGUAUUCCCUGCACGGCGACUGCCCAGUCAGGCGUGGAGUUAAAUGGGUGGCCAACAGCUGGGUAAAUGUGGACCCAGAUCACCAGCAGCAGGCCCGCUACCAGAGACUAGUUGCACAGAGACAUCAAGCUAAGUCAGGCAUGGAGGAGCAUUACCAACCCCUGUCACACAGUGAUCUCCACCAGGAUCUAUAGCUGGGAGUUUUUAAUAACAACAGAAAAGCGACCAUAAUUUUAAAACUUGGUCAGUCUUGUGUCCUUGAGGCCAGUGAGGCCUGGUAGACUUUUCCACAAUUUCAGAUGCUGUAGUCUAAAUGAAAUUUGCACAAAAAAAACAUCCUUUUUAGUGAAUCUGUCCUACAUUAUAUCAUGUCUCUCAAGCUGCUGCUUGAAUAUGCACAUUUACUUCAUACAUCAGUCAAUCUCAUUUGAAAAGAUUGAUGAAAUUUAUUGUUGAAUUGUGGUGGGCAGAUGCAUUGGUUUUUCUCCAAAUUCAUUUUUAACACAGAAUACCAGAUGUACAUGGAUACAUGAUGUGAGCUGGAAAAGAUGAAGACAUGUUUAAGAGAUGAGCCUGCUUAUCUGCCUUCCAUUUAGGUUUACUAAGCAUCUGGCCCUGUUGAAGGUCAGUGUUAAUUAAUGUAGAAUUUAAGCCUUUUGUUACAAGCCAUAUCACAAUAUUUAUCUGUGAAUGUGUUCCUGAGGGAAGUUUUGUGUGAGAUCAUUUAUAUCUGUUUUUUUUUGUUUUCAGAGUUUAAAAUGAAAUAUAAUUUAAUACGGGACUGGCUUUGGGAGAGCAGUCUUUCAGGUGUAACAUGUCUAUGAUAUUCCAACUUUAGUGUCUCUUAUCCUCACAACCCAAAAAUAUUUAAUUGUCUGAGGUUAUUUAUUUGAGUGAUAUUUAUUACCAGUAUGAUUUAAGUUAAAUGAAUGCGUAUUUAUUACAGCUUGAUGUUGCACUGAAUUUGUUGCUGUAUUUUAUUGUGUUUGUUCUAUGUCAUGAAAUAUAUAAAGCAAUGUUUUAUUAUCAG